AUGUCGAAAAAUAUCAAAACUCCAGCAAACCAAAAACUUUUAACAAAUGUUGCCGUAGUGCGCAUGAAAAAAACUGGCAAGCGAUUCGAGAUUGCCUGUUACAAAAACAAAGUUGUCAACUGGAGAAACAAGACUGAAAAAGAUAUCGAUGAAGUUCUUCAAACACAUACCGUUUUCUCAAAUGUUUCUAAAGGCCAAGUGUCUAAGAGGGAAGAUCUGUUAGCCGCGUUCGGCAUUGAUGAUCAUCUAGAAAUAUGCAAAACCAUUCUGGAGAAAGGAGAUCUGCAAAUUUCAGAUAAAGAGCGCCAAGCUGCAACCAAUCAAUCUUUGAAAGAAGUUUCGCAACUCAUUGCAAGUAUGGUGGUAAAUCCGGAAACGAAAAGACCUAUUCCGCCGAACGCCAUUGAUAAAGCAUUGCAAGAGAUUCACUUCAGUUUAAGACCUAAUAGGAGUUCCAAGCAACAGGCCCUUGAUGCGAUUCCCAAGUUGAGAGAAAAGAUGCAGAUUGAAAGAGCUAAAAUGCGUAUCCGUGUUUCGCUUCCUCCCAAAGAAGGAAAAAUUUUGAGAAGUAAAUUUAAAGCUCUCUUCAGCGAGUUGGAAGUCGAGGAUUUCUCGGAAACAGGCUUAGAAAUGGUCGGACUUAUUGAACCUGGAGACUUCCGAACUGUAGAUGACUGCAUCAGAACCGAAUGUCACGGACAAGGCCGCAUGGAAAUUUUGAGUUUGAAAGAUGUGGUCGAGGGAGAAGUGGAGAUCAGUAUUUCAUAA